CGCAGGACGCCUGCAGGGUGAAAAAGUUGUGUUCCCUUCCUCCCCCUUGCGGAGCGUCCUGUCACUGGUGGAAAAUGGCUGCUCGGAGUAACUCCCCAAAGCUCAGAGAAAACUGAAAAAAAAAGUCUACAUUAAUAAGAAGAGGUCACAUCUGGACCUUUUUUAACAGGCAGAGCGACAACUCGGGGAAGCCUCGACACUGAGAAUGUCUCGCUGGGUGCCCACUAAAAAGGAAAAGUAUGGAGUUGCAAUCUAUAACUACGAUGCCCGGGGAGAGGAGGAGCUGUCACUGCAGAUCGGAGACACAGUGCACAUACUUGAGACAUAUGAAGACUGGUACAGAGGCUAUAGGCUGAGGAGAAAAUCCAAAAAGGGCAUAUUUCCCGCUUGCUAUAUACACCUGAAAGAGGCCACGGUCGAGGGCAGCGGGCAAAAGGAGACAGUCAUUCCCACUGAGCUGCCCUUGGUUCAAGAGGUUACCACAACACUGCGGGAGUGGGCUACAAUAUGGAGGGACUUAUAUGUGGGAGACAAGCGUGAGAUGUUCAACUGUGUCCGUGACAUGAUCUACGACCUCAUCGAAUGGCGUUCACAGAUUCUGUCCGGCACCCUCCCACAGGACGAGCUGAGUGAGCUCAAACAGAAAGUCACCUCCAAGAUAGACUAUGGCAACAAGUACCUGGAUCUUGAUCUGGUGGUCAGAGACAAAGAUGGUAACAUACUGGACCCAGAGCUCACCAGCACCAUCAGCCUGUUCAGGGCACAUGAGGCAGCUUCCAAACAAAUUGAGGACCGGAUCCAAGAGGAGAAGUCUCAGAAGCAGAAUAUUGAUCUGACGAGGCAAGCAAAGUUCGCUUCCACGCCAGCUUUCGCCCUCUUUGUGACUCUGAAGAAUGUGGUGUGUAAGAUUGGCGAAGAUGCAGAGGUGCUCAUGUCGCUUUACGACCCAGUGGAGUCCAAGUUCAUCAGUGAAAACUACCUGGUAAAAUGGUCAAGCUCUGGCCUAGUAAAAGACAUCGACCAGCUUCAUAAUCUGCGGGCAGUCUUCACAGACUUGGGUAGUGAAGAUCUGAAGAGAGAAAAGAUCAGCUUUGUGUGUCAGAUUGUAAGAGUUGGACGGAUGGAGCUACGAGACAACAACACCAAGAAGCUGACGUCAGGUCUGAGAAGACCCUUUGGAGUGGCAGUAAUGGAUGUCACUGACAUCAUAACAGGCAAAAUGGACGACGAGGAUAAGCAGCACUUUAUCCCAUUUCAGCCGGUGGCAGGGGAGAAUGACUUCCUCCAGACAGUCAUCAACAAAGUUAUCACCGCCAAAGAGGUCAAUCACAAGGGCCAAGGCCUGUGGGUCACUCUGAAGCUGCUUCCUGGAGACAUCCAUCAGAUAAGAAAGGAUUUCCCUCACCUUGUGGACCGAUCGACAGCCGUGGCUCGCAAGAUGGGCUUUCCUGAGAUAAUUAUGCCAGGGGAUGUGCGAAACGACAUCUACGUGACUCUGGUUCAGGGGGAUUUUGACAAAGGGAGUAAGACAACACCCAAAAACGUUGAGGUGACCAUGUCGGUUUAUGAUGAGGACGGCAAGAAGCUCGAGAAUGUGAUCUUUCCCGGAGCUGGAGAUGAAGGGAUCAAUGAGUACAAGUCUGUUAUCUACUACCAAGUAAAGCAGCCCCGCUGGUUUGAAACGAUAAAGGUUGCUAUUCCCAUUGAAGACGUGAACCGGAGCCACUUGCGGUUCACCUUUCGUCACCGCUCAUCACAGGACUCCAAAGAUAAAUCGGAGAAGAUAUUUGCCUUGUCUUUUGUGAAACUGAUGAGGUAUGACGGGACCACUCUGAGGGACGGUGAGCAUGAUCUCAUCGUGUACAAGGCGGAGGCAAAGAAGCUAGAGGACUCUUCUCUGUACCUAAACCUACCUUCCACAAAGCUGGAGAUGGAAGAGAAAGGCUACUCCACCACUGGAAAAAAUACCCAGAACCUGGGCACCUGCACCAUCAGCAAGGAUUCCUUUCAGAUUUCCACCCUGGUCUGCUCUACCAAACUUACCCAAAAUGUGGACCUACUUGGCCUGCUGAAGUGGCGCUCCAACACCAGCCUUCUGCAGCAGAAUCUAUGUCAGCUAAUGAAGGUGGAGGGUGGCGAGGUUGUGAAGUUCCUGCAAGACACUCUGGAUGCUCUCUUCAACAUCAUGAUGGAAAACUCUGACAGUGACACUUUUGAUACUCUGGUGUUUGAUGCCUUGGUGUUCAUUAUCGGGCUUAUAGCCGACAGAAAGUUCCAGCACUUUAAUCCGGUUCUGGAGACCUACAUUCGAAAGCAUUUCAGUGCUACACUGGCAUACACGAAGCUGACAAAAGUUCUGAAAAACUAUGUGGACAAUGCAGAUAAGCUGACAGAACAGCUGCUGAAGGCCAUGAAAGCUCUGGAAUACAUCUUCAAGUUCAUCGUCCGAUCCAGAGUCCUCUUUAACCAGCUCUAUGAGAACAAAGGAGAGGCUGACUUCAUGGAGUCCUUGAGGAACCUUUUCACAUCCUUUAAUGACAUGAUGAACAGUAAUUCAGAGUACACUGCCAUGGUGAAGGGUGCUGCACUGAAAUACAUUCCCACUAUCGUCAAUGAUGUCAAGCUGGUCUUUGAUCCCAAGGAACUAAGCAAGCUGUUUACAGAGUUCAUCCUAAAAGUCCCUGUGGGUCGCCUGGUAAAACAGAAGCUGGACUGCCUGAUUGACAUUGUACACAGCGAUCUCUUCAAUCAUCACGAUUGCCGCGAGAUCCUGCUGCCACUGAUGACGGACCAGCUGAAGUUCCACCUGGAGAAGCGGGAGGAGUUGAAGGCUUGCUGCCAGCUGCUUAGUGACAUCCUGGAGGUGCUUUACAGAAAAGAUGUGGGUCCCACCCAGUGGCAUGUGCAAAUCAUCAUGGAGAAGCUGCUGAGGACCGUUAACAGGACAAUCAUUUCUAUGGGUCGCGAUUCACCUCAUAUCGGAAGCUUCGUGGCCAGCAUGACUGCCGUACUGAGGCAGAUGGACGACUAUCAUUAUGCUCAUCUGAUCAGCACCUUUGGCAAGAUAAGGAGUGAUGUGGUGGAUUUCCUAAUGGAAACAUUUAUCAUGUUCAAAGAUCUCAUUGGAAAAAAUGUCUACCCCUCUGACUGGAUCAUAAUGAACAUGAUGCAAAAUAAAGUGUUCCUUCGGGCCAUCAGUCAGUAUGCAGCCGUGCUGAACAAGAAAUUUUUGGAUCAAACCAACUUCGAGCUACAGCUGUGGAACAACUACUUUCAUCUGGCUGUGGCCUUCCUCACCCAGGAGUCAUUGCAGCUGGAGAACUUUUCAAGUGACAAAAGAGCUAAGAUCUUCCACAGGUACCAGGACAUGAGAAGACAGAUUGGCUUUGAAAUCAGGGAUAUGUGGUACAAUCUAGGGCCCCACAAGAUAAAAUUCAUUCCGGAGAUGGUGGGUCCUAUCCUGGAGAUGACACUAGUUCCUGAGAUCGAGCUGCGAAAGGCCACCAUCCCCAUCUUCUUUGACAUGAUGCAGUGCGAGUUCCACUUCACAAUGCAUUUCCAACGGUUUGAGAACGAGAUCAUCACCAAGCUGGAUCACGAGGUGGAAGGGGGCCGCGGAGACGAGCAGUACAAAGUUCUCUUUCAAAAAAUCUUACUGGAGCACUGCAGGAAGCACAAGUACUUGGCCAGGACGGGUGAGAAUUUCGUCACUCUGGUGGUGCGUCUGCUGGAGAGGCUGCUGGACUACAGGACCAUCAUGCAUGACGAGAACAAGGAGAACCGCAUGAGCUGCACUGUCAACGUGCUUAACUUUUACAAGGAAAUAGACAGAGAGGAAAUGUACAUCAGGUACCUUUACAAGCUGUGUGACCUCCAUAAAGAGUGCGACAACUACACUGAGGCGGCUUAUACUCUGCUUCUGCACGCAAAACUGCUUAAGUGGUCAGAUGAAGCAUUUGCAGCCCACCUGACACAGAGAGACGGCUACCAGGCCACCACUCAAGGACAGCUUAAGGACCAUCUCUACCAGGAGAUUAUUAAUUACUUCGACAAGGGCAAGAUGUGGGAGGAGGCAAUCAUUUUGGGAAAGGAACUGGCUGAGCAGUACGAGAAUGAAAUGUUUGACUUUGAACAACUCAGUGCAUCCUUGCGGAAACAGGCGCAGUUCUAUGAGAAUAUAGUGAAGGUCAUCCGGCCCAGACCAGACUACUUUGCUGUAGGCUAUUAUGGCACCGGGUUCCCCUCCUUCCUACGUAACAAAAUGUUCAUUUACCGUGGGAAGGAGUAUGAGCGGCGAGAAGACUUCGAGGCACGUCUCCUGACACAGUUUCCCAAUGCAGAGAAGAUGAAGACAACGACACCACCCAGCGAGGACACAAAGUCUUCCUCUGGACAGUACAUCCAGUGUUUUACCGUGAAGCCCAUUCUCGACCUGCCUGCCAAGUUUCAAAACAAGUCUGUCUCUGAGCAAAUACUCAGCUUCUACACGGUAAAUGAAGUCCAUAAAUUCCAGUAUUCCAGGCCGGUGAGGAAGGGAGAGAAGGACCCUGACAAUGAGUUUGCGAACAUGUGGAUUGAGAGAACCACAUACUCUACAGCGUACAAACUUCCUGGCAUCCUGCGCUGGUUUGAAGUCAAGUCAGUCUCCACUGAGGAGAUCAGUCCAUUGGAAAAUGCUAUUGAAACAAUGCAGCAGACCAAUGAGAAGAUCAGCAGCAUGGUACAGAGGCAUCUCAAUGAUCCCAACCUUCCCAUCAACCCGCUCUCCAUGCUGUUGAAUGGGAUUGUGGACCCAGCUGUCAUGGGAGGUUUUACCAACUACGAGAAGGCCUUUUUCAAUGACAAAUACAUCCAGGAGCAUCCAGAGGACCUUGAAAAGAUAGAGAAACUAAAGGACCUCAUCGCCUGGCAGAUUCCGCAUCUCGCUGAAGGUGUUCGGAUCCAUGGAGAGAAGGUCACAGAGGCACUGAGGCCUUUUCAUGACCGCAUGGAGGCGUGCUUUAAGCAACUGCGGGAGAAGGUGGAGAAACAGUAUGGGGUAAAGUCUCUGCCUCCAGCAGAUGAACGGCGGGGACCUCGUCCUGCCUCCAUGGUGAGGUCCUUCACCAUGCCCUCCUCCCAAAGGCCACUGUCAGUAGCUUCAGUCACCUCCAUCUCCUCUGACAACUCACCCUCCAGGCCCGGCUCAGACGGUUUUGCGCUGGAGCCUCUUCUACCAAAGAAGCUGCACACCAAGUCUCAGGACAAACUAGACCGUGAUGAACCCGAGAAGGACCGCAAAGAGAAGAAGAAGGAGAAGAGGAACAGUAAGCACCAGGAGGUCUUUGACAAAGAGAUGAAAACAGCGGACAUCCCUCUGCAGCCAGCUGAAGCUGUCAUACUGUCAGAGACGAUAAGCCCUCUGCGGCCCCAGAGACCAAGAAGCCAAGUCCUUAAUCAAAUUGUUGGAGACCGCCGUCUUUCUGUGUCACCUGGACCCCCUACUUCUUCCUCCAGCUCCUCCUCACAGUGCCCCCCACCCAUUACACCAAGGAGCAAAGUCUCCUACAGCCUACAUCCCGUUUCCAGUCUGGAGCUGAACGGGAUGGGUUGCUCUGACAAGGGUGAAACCCCUCCUCCGCUGCCUUUGAAAAGCAACACAGCUGAUUACGGCAACCUGCUAGAUAAUCAAGACUUGACGAGUCCCUCGACACCUCCACCACCCCCUCCACAUCAAAGACAAUUUCCACCACCUCUUCCGAGCAAGACUCCUCCUCCACCUCCUCCCAAGACCACCAGGAAACAGGCCUCCAUCGAUUCAGGAAUUGUGCAGUAAACAAAGAAACUUGACAGUAGGACCAAACAACACACUGACAACGCAACAAAAACAACAUCAACAGUAACCCCAGAAAAGUGGUUGUUUUUACCCACACAUUCCUCGCUUCCCUGUCCCAGCUUGACAAGAUGAAUACCUCACCGCAGCCCGCCCCCUCGUACCAUCUUUUCUUUUCCUUUCUUUUUUUAUGUUAUGUUUUUUUUUUGCCUGCUGUUUGACGAUGAUGCAGUCUGCAGCAGGGAACAUGUUGCACAGAAGUAUUCACUGAAUUUGCAGAUGCUGUCUAUGACCGAUACAAUGCCGCAUCGAAAUUUUAUUGUGACAUUGUGUUCAGACAGACGAGCUUGGACCAACGGCCUUCCAGUACUGACCCACUCUCAAAUAUAUGAGAGCAAAUGGCUCAUUAAAGCAUUAUUCCUCUCUUUACUCAUAUUCCCACUAUGUACAGAGGUUUGUAUAUAGGACUAUUUUAUUUCAGGUUUUUUGUAUGUGACUUGAUUAUGAUUUUUUUGUAUUAACGUGUCAUUAGAUUAAGUGGCAUUUAUAUGAACAAAAAAGGGCUUGUAGGUUUUGAAUUGACAGGGACUUUACAAAGUUGCUAAGUGGAAAAAAAAUGAUGGAUUUUAUUGGUAAAAUUUUGGAGUGCACAUACAACUAACUCCUACCACGUUAUCAUUGUUCAGAUCUUGUCCUUGAUUGCUGUAACCUUGGAUUUCAGUAAUAAUGACUGUUCCCAAUUCACUACUGACAUGACUUCUGAAUAAACUUUCAAAUGUAUGUAUUUUUAAAAGAA